CGCCGGGUUUCGGCAGGAAUCACGGAGCCGGAGCCCUUGGAAAGGCUGUAUCCGCAAACCGCGAGGAAGGCUCGAAUCUCCCCCCCCGCAUCGCAGGAAAAUAAGCUCGGCUUAUUUGGGUGCCCCGGCCCCGCUUUGGCUUCCCCAGCUUCUAAAACGGAACUCGGCCCUUUGAACAAUGAAGAUCCUAGACCCCGGGUAACUCCUGGAUGCGCAAACUCCCCGCGGAUCUCCACGCUGCUCUUCGGAAGCAGGCGCUGAAGUUCUUCGGGAGGCUCCCCUCGAUCCGAGGCACCUGCGUGAGAGCAGAGACAGCUCCCAGCUACCCAGUGCCUGAGCGGUGAGCCAUGCUGGGCCGGAAAACAGGACUCCCCCAGAGCCUCCAGAGCCAGCAGCGGAUGAAGCAGCCGCUCCCGGAGGCCGUGCCCCUGCGGAGCAGAGCGCGCAAGGAGGGCGACGUGAGCCUGGAGGUGCUCAGCGGCCCCGCGGCCGACGGCACGCAGAGCCGCGGCCGAGCCCAGCAGAUGCGCGACAGGAAGGGGCGCAGGGGCGACCUCAAAGACCCCAACGGGAGAGAGGCAGAAACCAUCACCUUUAUCUCCGGGUCGGCAGAGGCUCCCCAGGCGCAGAGCUUGUGCUGUUCCUCUCUGUCUCAGGCCUGGAACACGUACAAGGCUGUCUUUUGUUGUAUAGUGACCUGUGGGGGCUACUUUCAGGACUGCAGCGUCUGUAUCACCUAUCCAGGGCCUGCUGAGAGCUCCACUGAUGACGGAAAGAACGGAGAUUACAAUGGGCGGCUGCCAAACAGCCCUGCCAACAUCUCUCCCACUGAGAAGAAUGGGAACCAGAUGAAAAAGACCAGCAUGGGUAGCAGUUUCAGUUACCCAGAUGUGAAACUCAAGGGCAUUCCUGUCUAUCAAAACAGGAGCCCCAAUCACCAUCUGGAUUCAGAUUCAUGCUGCAAAGAGCUGCUGCCAGAUAAGCCCUUAAGGAAUAGCAUAGAAAAGCCACCGCUCCCCAGCAGCCACCGGAGCUCGGAGGAGUAUUACUCGUUCCAUGAAUCCGACCUGGACAUCAGCGAGCUGAACGGCUCCAUGUCGAGCAGGGAGAUUGACGUCCUGAUCUUCAAGAAGCUCACGGAGCUCUUCAGCGUCCACCAGAUUGAUGAGCUGGCCAAGUGCACGUCAGACACUGUCUUCCUGGAGAAGACCAACAAGAUCUCGGACCUCAUCAACAGCAUAACUCAGGACUACAACCUGGAUGAGCAGGAUGCCGAGUGCAGGCUGGUCCGAGGCAUCAUACGCAUCAGCACCCGGAAAAGCAGGGUCCGGCCCCAGAUUUCGGUCCCAGCCAGCAAGAGCCACGAGGAGAAGUCCAGCAGAGGCAACCCACCCGACAGCGGCAACGAAACCAUGCUGGAGUCCAUGGUCCUCAGCCAGGAUGAUCUGGCUGUGCAGAUAUCGGAGGAGACGCCGGCAGAUGUGAUGGCCAGGAACAUGAGGCGACACAGCAGCGCAGGAUCUCCGACGAGCAGAGAUUCAUCUUUCCAAGACACAGAGACUGACUCAUCUGGGGCACCUCUGCUCCAGGUGUAUUGUUAAGGAAAAGGACCCAAAUAGCAGUCUGCUCUUAUCCUUUGUUGAAGCCAUUCCUCCCUUGUCUGAGUUGCAUUGGGUUUGUUUUUAUUUUUUUUUGGACAAUGUUGAACAUCAUGGAAAUGAACUGUGGAUCUAAUGAGCUUGGAAGGUGGACUGUGUGCCCUGGGAGGAGAAGACAAACAAGGAAGUACCGGAUUUUAUUUCCCUUCUUGGCACCUGGCUUCAGCAAUCUCAGUGGCCCAGCUCUUUCCCUGCUUUGAGAAUCUGCUGUACAGUUCUUGCUUUUUUUUUGGGCAUUGCGUAAGUGAACUUGGGGAGUGAAUAAUCAUAUAGUGUCUGUGUUUAUUGCAACUCAGAGGUGAAAGCCAAGGUUUUAGCAGCACCCUGCUCUCUAGGCACCCCAGUCUCUACUUAAAAUUGCUGGCUUUGUGGUCCCAGAAAUACAAGUCCUCAAUCCA